AUGACGUCAUGCUGUCCUAACUUCAACCCGAUCACUCUCAGCACUUCCGGUCUCGUGAGGUCACUUCUGCUGCUGACAAUUGUGGGCAGUGUUAGGGCUCGAGCCAGGAUGGUGGAGCCACCCAUGAGGUCCAGUUACUGGAGACAGGACAUUACCAGAGAGGGCAUCAGUGCCCCGGUCAAUAUCAACGAUGAGCUGCUUAAUUGUGGAGGUUUUGAGUACCAGUGGAAGCAACGGAACGGCGCCUGUGGAGCAUGCGGUGACAAAAGUGGUGGCAUCCGUGAGAAUGAAUAUCCAGGGAAAUAUUCCCAAUUCCCACCACAAAGAACGUACACUACACGCAGAAACACUGCAGGAAUCAGUGACUCCCACAGAUACAAUGUCAUAAAUAUAACCAUAUACGUCACAGCGAACCAGAUGGGCCAUUUCUUCUUUCGCUUGUGUCCGUACAGGGAUGGACCUAGUUUGCCUUUUAUUGAUCUCGAGGAAUGUUUUAAUAGCGGCCAAAACCUACUGGUGAAAGACGUCAAUUCAACCUUAUAUUACCCCGGAAGUAAUUCCGGCUACCAUGACCUUCACCUGGAGAUACCCUCAAAUGUCUCCUGUCAGCACUGCAUUCUACAAUGGACAUACGUGACAGGUUACAGAGAAGGAAAGAAUGGACAGUGUCCCCCCUGUCUCGGAUGUGGUCCGCAGGAGCAGUAUAAGAAUUGUGCUGAUAUACAGAUUUUACCGGAGGGCACACCGCCGGUAAUAGACGAAACCGGAAGUCCACUUCUGACCACUGCCAGGCCUCAAGCUACAACUCUUCAAGUCAAACCAACAACAGUACCAACACCACCCAUAAGUAGAUCUACAACCACAAGAAGAUCGACACCUCCGACCACACCCACAACCCCGCCUAUAAAUAUCAACGCAACUACGAACCCAGGGAACGCCACUCCCUGUACUCCAUCAGCAGACAUCGUCAUGUGUGAGGCCAAGGAUAUACAACGUUUAAUCCCUGGUAUGAACACAUGGUGCCUAGAGAACUGCAAGUCCGGGCAUUGCAUGCCAGACUUCUGUGACUGCUACUGCGUGUACCCCGGGUACAAAAUCUUUAUCCAUCCGACCGCUUUUGAUUUAAAAACUACUUCAAGAAAGCCUCCUUCGCCGACCUCAUCCUCGGCUAAGUACCACUGUUACAAACCCACAUCACUGUGGAGCAGAACGCCAGGACUUACUGGCUGGUGCGCAAACAACUGCCCCAGCAAGUGGUGUGCUGAUAUGUGCUCUCUUCAAGUAUGUCCUUGA